AUGACGGACGGCUGGGAGUACACGCUGACCGGGUUCAGCGAGUUCCUCGAGAUGCGUCGAGUUGCAUUCGCCGAACCGAUGCCGGCCACUCGCCUUUGCGGCGUCUGCGGCCUGCUGCCUUCCCGAACUUCGCAGCUGCCGUGCGGCCACGUUUUCUGCGAGAGCUGCAAGGCUCAGCUACCGCAAGGAAAAGACCGCUGUUGCCCGUUCGAGGGGAAGAAGUUCGCCGACUCCGAAGUUCACUCCAUGAGCAUCGAGCUGCGCGAGCUCGAACAACGCCGCAUCGUGUGCGCGGCCGGCUCCCGAGUGUGCGGCUUCUCCGGCAAACUGUCCGAGCUCGCAGAUCACCUGGCUCGGUGCGGUAGCGGGGAGACCAAGUGCGGAAAGUGCCAGCGACCCGUGUUUCGCAACCUAGCCGUGGAUCACUACCGUAGGUGCACCGGGCCGUUGUGUGCGGCGAAUUCCGAAGCUGAUGCCAAGGGAAUGGGAGAUGCUGCCAAGAUGGCGGACGUCGAAAGAAGCACGCGGCAGCUGAUGCUGAGCAAGGGGGUCGACCUGGAAGCUGUGUUCAGCUGCUUCACGAACGCUCUGGCCGAAAAGGUGGCCAGUCUCGAACGUCAGUUGCUCGAAGUACAGAAAAAGUCGAACGAUAAGCAGUCGUCGGUCGCUGCCGAGACGAAGGCGGCGGUAAUCCAUGGACCGUACCGCGCUGUUUCGAGAGCUGGCGUUUUGAUCACCACGUGCAAGUUCGCCGACAUUUGCGCAGGGCUCGACUCGCUGAACGAGAAGAAAAAUGAACUCGCGAAAUCGACCGACACGUAUUCGCUAGGAGGUUACACCUUCAAGCUCAACUGCAAGUUCUCCAAGGAUGAGAACGACAUGAACGUCGCUUUUAUUCUUCAUUUGCGCGACGGCGAAUGGGACAGUUACGUGGAAUGGCCUUUCAAAAAGAAGGUGACCUUGAUCAUCAUGCACCCCAGGAACGAGGCAAAAGACAUCCGCUUGCUGGUAGACAUGGAUGACCAUGAUUUGGUGAAGAAGCCUAGUGCGGGUACUUGGAACUGGGGUCGUUGGACGAAGAAGAAAAACUGGAAGGAUAUUGAACUGCAAGGGUAUGUCGACAGAAAUGCCCUCUAUGUCAACAUCGAGUUUGAGCAAGCAGACGCGUAUCGUUACUAA